CCUGCUUCAGAUCCUCAACAGAAGAGUCCACUCCUGACACCAUGUGCUACUACGGCAACUACUAUGGUGGCCUGGGCUGUGGCUAUGGCUGUGGCUGUGGCUAUGGUGGCCUGCGCUGUGGCUAUGGUAGCUAUGGGGGCUAUGGUUACGGCUGUUGCCGCCCCCUGUGCUGUAGAAGAUACUGGUCCUAUGGCUUCUACUGAGGAAUUCUCACAGCUUCUUAGCCUUUUGGCUACCACCUUCUGUUUUCCUGGGAUUAUCUCCAAUGUUCUUCAGAUGGAGCUUUUUAAAAUAGCUUCAAUCUCCUACUACACACUAUACUAGUUUAAAAAAUAAACCUCUAAUAAACCAAUAUCAGUUAGAUAACAUGGAAGAUGGUAGAGAACUUUCUGUAGUAUGUUUAUAAUGUGGGAUGAAAUGUAAUCAAAUUUAACUGUCAAUUUCUGCAUACAGAUAUGUAUUACUGAAUAAACUUU